GCUAUCAAAUAUCACAUCAGUCCGCUGUAAGAAGAGAGCUAGCCAUACAAACAGCACAGUCAGUUAAGUUAGGCAUGAUUUUAUAAGAGCCUUGGAAUGUAGAAUAGAAGUUUACCUUUCUGGACAGAAAACAAGACACAGAACGGGACGUUUCUUCAGGUCUUCAGUCGCUGUUACUCACUAUGACUGCCAGCAGUUACAUCCUGAUUACCUGCCUGACAGCUGUUGCUUACCUCACUAAUGAAGUCGAAUGCCAAGGCAAGUUAAAGCUGACUGUUCUUUCUGAAGACAGACUUCAAAUGAAAUGGAAAGAAGCUGAAGGAACUAUUCAGGGAUACAAAGUGAAAGUGAAGCCCUUAUCAGCCGAAACUGAACACGAAAUGAUGCUGAAAACCAACACAGCCAAAGCCACUGUAGCUGGCCUCAUUUCUACUCAAGAAUAUGCACUUCAGAUCUUUGUGUUAAAUGGAACACAGGAGCGUUUGUUAGCCAAACGAAAGUUUACUAUUGACAACUUGAGGGAAGAAUCGAAAAACAGAAGCGAAAAAAAAAAUGAAAGAAGAAGAACAGCCUCACGAGAGUCAGCAGUGGAGAAUACAACAGAGGCAGUGGAGUCUGCAAGCCCAGUGCUGUACGAAGACCCCCACAAACCAGCUAAGGCUCCAAGAAAUGAAACUGCUAGAAAAAGUUCAAAAGGCAGAAAGAAAAACCGAACGGGGACCGAAGCGCUGAAGAAAGUGGAGAAAAAGGAAGGCAAAACGGAGAGCGAAAGCAAGGAGAACACAAGCAAGAAGCUCCCUGUACAGGGUGAAGCAGGAGCAGGUAGCAAAACGGAGAGCGAGAGCAAGGAGAAAGCAAGGGAAACGCUCCCCGCACAGGGUGAAGCAAGAGCAGGUAAAGCCUCCGUGUGCCAAACAGCGGCUCCCGCAGACAUCGUUAUUCUCAUUGAUGGCUCAUGGAGUAUCGGUCGCACAAACUUCAAACGGGUUCGAGAGUUUUUAGAAAACUUGGUCAUGCCAUUCAAUAUUGCACAGGACAAAAUACGAAUAGCUUUGUCCCAGUAUAGCGGGGAUCCCCGAACAGAGUGGAAUCUCAACAAUCACACCAGCAAAGCUGAACUUCUACAGGCUGUUCGAACCUUCCGAUACAAGGGGGGCAACACCUUCACAGGUCUUGCUCUGACACACGUCCUUGAAGAGAAUCUGGCAGUGGAGUCGGGGGCGCGGCCAGGGCUCCCUCAGUUUGUGGUUCUGCUCACUGACGGUAAAUCCCAGGAUGACGCCAACGCUUCGGCUCAGAAUCUGAAGAACGCUGGUGUUGAAAUCAUUGCGGUCGGUGUGAAGAACGCAGAUGAAGCUGAGCUCAGACAGAUUGCCUCUGAGCCCAUUGAAGUGAAUGUGCACAAUGUGAAUGACUUCCCACUGUUAAGCCUGCUGGUGGACAGACUCGCCAGGAUCCUGUGUGGAAGAAUCGAAGAGAGGAGUAAGAGAGCGAUGAACAGACCCACACAGCUCUAUCCUGCUCCAACAAAUCUGCUUUUCUCUGAGCUGACAGCCAGGAGCUUCCGUUUGAGCUGGACCGCUCCCCCGGGGCCCGUCAACAAAUACAGGGUGGUCUAUCACAGUGCCAGCGGAGGCAGCCCGAGGGAGGUGGUGCUGAACGGGCUGGUCUCCAGCACUGUCCUGCAGGGGCUGUCCUCCCUCACAGAGUACCACGUCUCAGUGUUCCCUGUUUAUGAAAAGAGCGUUGGGAACGGACUGCGAGGAUCACAGACUACAUUGCCUCUGGCGCCCCCGCAGUCUCUCCAUAUAUACUCCUCAACUCACAACAGCCUGCGUGUCCGCUGGCAGCCAGCAGGGGGAGCCACGCAGUACCUGGUCCUGUAUUCCAUGCUGUCGGAGGGAGAACCAGAUGAUGGCAGAGAGGUGAAGUUUGAGCCGGAGCAGACAGACAUUGAGAUUGAAGGCUUGCAGCCCUCGACGGCGUAUUCUGUAACUGUGUACGCCCUGUAUGGGGAGGAGCCCAGUGAUCCUGUCACUGCAACAGGAACCACAUUGCCUCUGAAUCCUCCCAAAAGCCUGUAUUUCCCAGAGGUGAGCCACAGCAGUGUGCGAGUCAGCUGGGUCCCGGCUUCAGAGAGAGUGAGCCGACACCGCAUCACCUACAUCACAAACCGGGGCAGUGACGUCAAACAGGUAGAAGUUGUUGGCACAUCAUCAGUGCUUCUCCGAAACCUCUCGUCGCUGUCCAGCUACACUGUGACUGUCCACUCCAUGUACGAUGAGGGACUCUCCGCUCCAACAGAAGGCAACAUCACCACCUUGAAGGUCCCGUCUCCAUCCGAUUUCAAAGUGACAAACUUCUCUGGCAAGGUGCUUGUGCUGAAGUGGAAGAGUGCAGCUGAAGACGUCCUCUCCUAUCAGAUCAAGUGGAUCUCUCUCAGCGGAGGCAAGCUGAACGAGCUGACAGUGAGUGGAGAUGCAGAAUCGGCAGUGCUGGAGGCAGUGGAUGACAAUGCUGAGUACCAGAUCUCCCUGUCUGCCCUCUACAGUGAUGGAGCUCAAAGCGACGCAGUGGCAGCUCGUUACAGCACCUUUUCAAGAACUGCCCCAGUCAGUGUGGUAAUAGACAGUGAGACAGCAACAAGCCUUGUGGUGAAAUGGCAGCACCCUAAUGCCCAUGUGCAACAGUACAGGGUGGCCUACACAGCUUUGAGAGGAGAGCCAAGGGAGCACAUUAUAACAGUUCCAGCUAGAGACAGCAGUGUUCUACUGAAGUCCUUGGUCCCAGACACUCAAUACAGUGUCCUAGUAACAGCAGUCUAUGGCACAAGAGAAGGGGACAGCGAAUCUGCACAAGGAAAAACAUUGAAGCUGCGAGUGUCCAGUCUGAAUGUCUACAAGUCUGAUCACUCCAGUCUGUGUGCUGCAUGGAAGCUGAGCCCAGAUGCCACCAGUUACAGGAUUGUGUUGGAGUCUCUGAAAGACAGGAAGCCGGUGGAGCAGGUCCUGGAUGCAGGCUCUAAUAGUCAUUGCUUCACGGAGCUGCAGUCUGCAGUGAUGUAUCGGGUCAGUGUGUACGCACAGCUGCAAACUGCAGAGGGGCCUCCAGUCACUGUGCUGCACUCCACAAGCUCUGCUACAGCAAAACUACCGUCUUCUCCCAGAUUCAUCCCUAAGAACAAUGAAGUGUGUCCGGAAGUCAACAUGAGAAACAACCUCGUCAAAGGGUUUAACAUGAUGGAAGCAUUUGGACUGACCCAGGCUGAGUAUUCCUCCGUGGAGGGCGUGUCUGUGGAGCCCUUUGUCUUCAGCGACAUUCCCUCUUACACUGUUUACAAGGACGUGCAGCUUACACAGAGCACCAGUCUCAUACACCCUGCUGGGAUCCCACCAGAGCACACCAUUAGCUUUUUAAUAAGGCUCCUCCAAGACACGCCCAAGGAGCCGUUCGCAGUCUGGCAGAUCACAGAUGAGGACUUCCAGCCAAAAAUGGGAGUAGUGCUGGACUCUGGCAGGAAAACCCUCAAGUACUUCAACCAUGAUUACAGGCGAGCGACUCAGGAAGUGACCUUCGACCAGCCGGAGCUCAGGAAGGUGUUCUAUGGGAGUUUUCACAAGGUGCACGUGGUUGUAAGCCAGACCAGUGCUGUUCUUUACAUUGACUGCCAGCAGAUUGCUCAGAGCUCAGUGAAUCCAAUGGGAAACAUUCCCACUACAGGCUUCGAGAUGCUUGGCAAACUAGUGAAGACUAGGGGACCCAGGAGUGGAUCCGCACCAUUCCAGAUCCAGUCCUUUGAGAUUGUGUGCAGCACUUCCUGGGCUUCCCAAGAUGCCUGCUGUGACAUCCCAGCCCUGAGGGACGAGGAGAGCUGCCCCCCUCCAGCCCACGCCUGCACCUGUACCUCUGAUAUCAAGGGGGCGCCAGGACCCCCAGGACCCCCAGGUCCUCCCGGGCCAAGGGGCUCCAGAGGUGACAGUGGGGAACAAGGAGAGAAGGGAGAGCCCGGACCUCCAGGGAAGCCGGGGCCCGAUGGAAGGGGAGGUCCACUGGGGUCCCAGGGGCCAAGUGGAAUGGCUGUCCGGGGGCCUGAGGGCCCUCCUGGGAAGAAAGGAGAAAAAGGAGACAGUGGUAAACCAGGACUGCAGGGUCCCCCCGGCCCUCCAGGGCCUAAAGGAAGAGACGGAUUACCAGGCCCAAAGGGGAUCCGAGGAGUGGAAGGUGUGGCGGGCCCUGGGGGGCCCUCAGGACCAAGGGGAUUUCAAGGAAUGCCAGGGUCCCCAGGUGGAGGAGGGGACAGAGGACCGCCAGGCCCAGUUGGACCCAUAGGGCUCCCUGGUCACAAAGGAGAGCGAGGAGAAAAGGGUGAACCGCAAUCCUUAGCUACCAUUUAUCAACUUGUAACCCAGUCCUGUGAACAACUUGUCCAUACGCACGUGAUGAAGUUUGACUCCCUCCUUCAUGAAAUGCAGAACCCGGCCCCACUGAAGGAGGAGGUGGGGCCUAUAGGGGAGCCAGGCAUCCCGGGACCCACCGGCCCCAAAGGAAGGAGGGGGGCUCCGGGGAGAGCUGGGGCAGCAGGAGACCCCGGCAAGCCUGCAUACCCGGGAGAGCGAGGAAGACCAGGGCCAGUCGGUGAGAAAGGAACUCAAGGGCCCAACGUGCAAGGGCCCGGGGGGCCACCAGGGCCACCAGGUCCUCCAGGGGAAAUGAAGGUGGGGCCGAGGGGGCCAGAGGGAGUGCCUGGGCAGCCAGGAGCCCCGGGGCUGAAGGGGGCCGUGGGGACACCAGGAGAGAUGGGCCCCCCUGGGGGCUGUGACAGCAGCGGGUGUCAGAGGGGAGAACCACGAGGUGAUGCUUAUUUUGACUACUGAGCCUGAAACUCCACAAUGAGGUCCGAUGAAGCCUGAAACUCCACAAUGAGGUCUGAUGAAGCCUGAAACUCCACAAUGAGGUCUGAUGAAGCCUGAAACUCCACAAUGAGGUCUGAUGAAGCAGUGUUUAUGGAUUCACCUGCAAGUUCAGGGUUGACGUGUCGGUGGAGUCAAUUCGGGUCUUUGAAAAGGAGAGGGCUAAUCAGGGAAGACAGAGGGUUUCUAUGAACACAAACAGCACUGCUCAGACACAAUCAAAUCAAAUAAUAACCUGAUGAAAGAGAAAAACUAAGUGACAUGUGAAGUAGGCUGUCACAAGUGAAAGAUGAGGCUCUCCUCACCAUUGCAAUAACAGGUUUGGUGAUGCAUAUUGUUUUACUGUAGAACGCUUUUUCAAAAUCAUUGUCAUUCACUGUGUGUUCAUAUUAAGCAAAAAUAUUGUUUCAGUAAUGUAUGACUUCCUAAGUCACCUGUCAAUACAUGCUUGUCUUUUUUAAGCAGAGAAACUGUACAUUUAGCUUCCAAAGUCUUGGUUACAAUAGAUCAUCAGUUGCCUGGGUACCUGAAAUAGGUGUUUUUUCUUUCUUCCUUUGUCUGUGUCUGUCUUUCCUGUUUCUUCCUGUCUUCCUGUCUUUUCUUUCUCUCCUUUUGGCCCUGGUGCUGCAUUAAACAAUGGUUGUUUAGGAGGAAGAUGACCUGGGCACUACAGAGUUAAAGCUAGCCUCCAAAAGCUUUGCUGCCACUUCAGUUAGUAAAUUAUUAUGUCCAGAGGUUUCCCAUAUUUACUGACAGAGAUGUAAGAUUAAAUCCCCAAUUUCAAUGACUAUCAGUGAUAUCAGUUAUGAUAAUAAAGACAAUAUAUGAUUAAGAAUGGUAUAGACAACGAGCAGUAUAUGAAUUAAAAUAAAUGAAAUUAGAUAAAAGUAGCCAAUUUAAAGCAAAAAAAUUAUUUUCUAUUGUAUUACAUAAUAAAUACUAACGUAAUGUCCUGGAUAGCUGAAACCCACAACACUUACCAUGUACCAACAAAAUCCACACAAGCAUAGUCACACACACACACACACACACACACACAACCAUAGUCACACACACACACUCACACACAAGCUAGCUAAAUAACGUCCAGGUAAUAUGAAGAAUAUCAGUCAUACCUUGCGGUUAAAUGUAAUCCUAAAAGCACUGUAUUUUAAUAGCAUAUGUAGUACUGUUUGAUACUGUAUCAUAUAUGUUUUUAAUUUGAUGUAUUUCUGUUUCAGAAUUUAGUUUUAUCUAAGAAAAAAUAAAAUCAAAAUGUUGAACUUGUUAA